UAUGCUCGCUCUGCUAUCAAUCAACUGUGAAUGUAACAGCUGUUUAAUUGCAAAACUACAAAUUUGUAAACAUUUUUGUCAACUAAAAUUAAAAUUAUUAAAAUAGUUUAAAAACAUAAAAGGAUAAAAAUGGCUAAAGAUGAGAAAACAGGAACAAAAAGAUCACGUCGAGAUAGAGGACGUGACAAAGCAAAACCACCAACAAAAAUAGUUAUACGUCACUUGCCACCCACCAUGACUGAGGAAGAGUUUCUUAAGCAAAUUGAUCCUUUGCCCGCACAUGAUUUCUAUUAUUAUGCCGAAGCCGAUUGGUCCUUAGGAUUUGAUGCCACUUGUCGUGCCUAUAUAACAUUUAAGAAUUACGAUGAUGUUUUUCUAUUUCGUGAUCGUUUCGAUGGCUAUGUUUUUGUGGACAAUAAGGGCAAUGAAUAUGCGGCCAUAGUGGAAUUUGCACCAUUUCAGGGAUUUCUUAAGAAUAAAUCACGUGGCAGUGAUAAUAAGGUGAAUACCAUUGAACAGGAAUCCCACUAUCAACAAUUUCUAAAGAAACUAGAAGAAGAACGCGAGGCAGCCUCCAAAGGAGGAGAAACAAAAUUGGAAUUUUCUUUGGAUAGCAAAAAGGAAGAAAUCACGUCUACACCUUUGCUACAAUAUUUGGCCACUAAGAAGGAGAAACGACGUGAGGAUGCCAAGAAACGUACAGCCGAAAAGAAACGACGUCGUGAGGAGGAAAAAGAGAAACGUAAACAAACUCAAACCACUGCCCAACCUAUAAAGGUAUUAACUCCUGAAGUUUCUAAUAAGAAAGCCGAUAAUCCCGAACCGAAAUCUAAUCAAACUAGAGAAGAACCCAAAAAUGCUAGAGCUCGUCGUCGUGAAGAACGUAAUCGUUUAAGACAUGAGGCUUAUUUACAAAAGAAAAAAGCCUUCGAAGAGCAAAAGAAACUGGGAGGUCUUACUACAAAUGCGGAAAAAGAAUCAGACAAUAAUCAAAGUAAAAAAGAGGAAGAGCACAAAAAUGAUAAAGGUAACGAAAGUGAUGCUAAAACCUCCUCUGAUACUGCCAGCAAGCCUAUAGAGAUUUUAAAGAAAUCAAAAGCUGAUGAACUAACCGAAUCUGUACGCAACUUUAUUUUCACCGCUGCCACUAACUUACCUACAGUGACGGCGGAGGGUAAAACCGAAAAAGAAACUAAGACGGAAAUCGAAAGUAAAACUAAAUCUACGGAGGAUUUGGAUAUGUUACAGGAUAAACUAGCAAAAGUUGAUAUCAAUAAAGAAGCUUCGAAUGCAGAAGAGGACAGAAAGCCCACCAAGGAGUUUAAGGAACAAAAUACGGGAAAAAUUGACACAAAGCAAUUGGAUGAAAAAAGAGAGGAGCGGCGCAUCAGAAAUAAGGAUCGUCCUUCCAUUGCAAUUUAUCAGCCCAAAGCACGUUUGCGUUUGUCUGAAGAAAGUGAUUCCAAUUCAGCCUCGAAAGAUAUAAUGCGUAGCCAGUCUACGUCGGAUUGCGAGGGCAAAAAAGAUGAACAGCCACGCCACAAAAAAGUACAGCGUUAUUCGGAACGUUCGAAAAAUCGUAAGAUCAACAAAGAAACCAACAGAGAAGAAGAAUCAGCUGUUGGAGAAAAUAAAACUGAAUUGUGUAAUUCAAAUUAAAAAUUUGUUAACUUACUUAUUUUAAGCUUUAUAAACUUUAUAAUCUAAAAAAGAACUUUUAAUAAACACACAUAUUAAUGGCUUCCACCAACUCUUAUAAA